AUUUAUACCUUAUUUUUGCAAAAGGUGUAGCUGCUGCAAAAGACCAUGAUAUAGGAACUACAAAUCUUCAUAUUGAAGUAUCUGACGUUGUAAACAUCCUUGUCAGUGUUGGCAUAGCAAAGGGGAAUGGAGUCCCUUCAAAAUCAGGGGUUUUAAAAAAAUUUGAAGAAGAAGAUUUGGAUGAUCUGCUAAGAAAAAGACUGAAGGAUUCGAGUGAAUUGCCAGGUGCUUUGUGGCAUAUUUAUGCCAACAAGGAUGCUGACAAGAUAAAGGAGUUUCUACAAAAGGUCGCAAAGGAACAAGGUUUAGAUGUAUUACCAGAGCACGAUCCAAUACGCGAUCAGAGUUGGUAUGUAAACAAAAAACUCCGCCAAAGACUGUUUGAAGAAUAUGGAGUAAAAACAUGUACUCUCAUCCAGUUCCUUGGUGAUGCUAUUAUUUUACCAGCAGGAGCCCUGCACCAGGUGCAAAAUUUUCAUAGCUGUAUUCAAGUAACGGAAGACUUUGUAUCUCCAGAACAUCUUGCACAAUCAUUUCAUUUAACACAAGAGCUUAGACUCUCAAAGGAAGAAAUCAACUACGAUGACAAGCUGCAGAUAAAAAAUAUAUUAUGUCAUACAAUUAAGGAAAUGGUGAGAGCUUUGAAAAUUCAUGAACAUGAAAUUGAAGAUAUGGAAGAAAAUUAAAUGUAUGCGUUCUCCUUUGGGGCUCAGAAGAACAUUAUCGUAUUUUUCUUUACGAUAAAGAGUCUUUUCACUAAUAUAAGCUGCACGAACCAUCAGUGCCAAGAAAAUAUGUUUAUUAUAUUUACUUGCUACUGACACUGCAACAAAUUAGGCUCUCCUUACAGUUCUUUUGAUUUAACUUGAGCUUUUUAGAAAUGGAAAACUCUAAACAGCACUGUGCUGUUAUGUAUUAUAGUGUAAAUGAAUUUUUCAAGCUGUCAAAAGUUUAAGAUGUAUUUAUUUUUGGAAAAAACUACAGAAUUCUAUGCUCUAUUGUUGAUCAAAUGUAAAUGUGAUUUGUACAGUUUGGUUAAAAUAACUUGGAUAUUUUUCACUGCAUUGAGACAGUUACUGUGAGAGUAGGAUACAAACACCAGCUAUUGCCUGCAUUUGAGAUAUUGCUGAAUCCGCACAGCAGUCAUGUCAUGAUCUGAAAAUUACUGCCAAAUAACUGUAAACUUUGUAUCAUAAAAAAUAUAUGAAAUAGAUACUACAGACACUUCAGUAUUUUAUUGAAGCUAUUCAGUGUACAAUUAAACAUUUUCAGAAAUGUGUAAUUUAUUUAAAAUUCGUCUCAUUUUGGUAAAAUUUAUGUGAACUUUUAAAGCUAAAUAUAAAACUUAAUAUGCUAUGUAAAUAUAUACAUAUAUACAUUCAAUAAUGUAUUUUUUUAAAACAUUGGCUUGCUUUAAUUUGUUAAAAGUGCAAGUGUUAAACAUGCUUUGUACAUCAAAAGUUGAAAGGGGUUUUACAUUUUCCAUUAAAAGGACUUUAUCAAG